UUCACUUUUAACGAUCAUAAAAAAAAUGGGUAUCCAAUCUGGGUUGAAAUUAUCCAAUGCAAGCCCAAAGAUGGUAAAAAAAAGUUAUAUUCAAGUGAAAGCCGGGGAUGAAAUUGUUAUAACAGGAAUGUCUGGAAAAUUUCCUGAUUCUAACGAUGUUUAUCAUUUCCGUGAUAAUCUCUUUAACAAGGUUGAUUUAGUUUCCGGGGAUUAUAGAAGGUGGAGACCGAUUCAUCCGGAGGUUCCGCAAAGAACCGGAAAAUUGUUUGAUAUUGAGAAAUUCGACGCAGGAUUUUUUGGUAUUCCUAAACUCCACGCUCAUAACAUGGAUCCAAUGUGCCGGUUGAUUUUAGAGAGAGUUUACGAGGCUUUAAUUGAUGCUGGUCAUCAUCCUUACGAUUUAGAGGGAACGAAAACCGGGAUUUACUUGGGGUGUUGCUUCUCAGAAACUGAAGAAUCAACUUUUUGGAACAACCUAACAAAUUGCGACCCAAUAACGGGGUGCCAACGUUCCAUGUUGGCAAAAAGAUUAAGUUAUUAUUUUAAAUUAAACGGGGUCGGUUUUAUUACUGAUACGGCUUGUAGCAGCACUUUAUUCGCUUUAGAACAAGCUUAUCGUCAUAUUAACGAAGGAGUCUCCGAAAAAGCCAUCGUUUGCGGAACCCAUUUAUGUUUGCAUCCGCUUAUGGCGUUGCAAUUUGCUCGAUUGGGAGUUUUGAGCGAAGAUGGUUCUUGCAAAUCGUUUGAUGACGCCGGAAAUGGCUACGCAAGAUCAGAAGGAAUUGUUGCGAUCCUUUUAGAAAAAUCUAAAGAUGCGAAAAGGGUUUACGCAGAGAUUGUGCAUUCAAAAACGAAUUGCGAUGGUUAUAAAGAGCAAUCAAUAACAUUCCCUUCAUCGAGGAUGCAAAAAGUUUUGAUGAAAGAGUUUUAUGAGGAGUGUCAAAUUGAUCCUGCAACGUUAAGCUUUGUGGAAGCACACGGGACCGGGACGAAAGUUGGUGAUCCUGAGGAAUUAACGACGUUAGAUGAGAUUUUUUGUAAGAAUAGGAAUCGCCCUUUGCAUAUUGGGGCUGUUAAAUCAAAUAUUGGGCAUAACGAACCAGUUUCGGGGAUAUGCUCGAUCGUGAAAGUUUUAAUUGGGUUUGAAUCGGGGUUUAUCCCCCCCAAUAUUAAUUACACCACCCCAAGAAAAGGAGUUGAAGGUUUAGAAAAGGGUAGACUCGUCGUUGUGACGGAAAAAAUCCCAUGGCCUAAUAAUACCGGUUUGGUUGGGAUAAACAACUUUGGAUUUGGUGGAGGAAAUAGCCACGUAUUAUUACGUUGGAACCAAAAAGUUAAAAUAAACGGGGGAAUCCCCAAAGAUGAUUUACCAAGAUUAAUUUGCGCAUCGGCAAGAAACAAAGAUGCGAUUACAGCGAUUUUCGAUGAAGCCUCAAAGAUGGAUUCGGAAUUUAUUAAAUUAAUCCACCAAGUGUUUAGCAAAACGAUCCCAAAUUCGAUUUAUAACGGAUUUUUGAUAGCCGAAAAAAGCGGCGAGAUCAAAAGAGUCAUCAAAGAAAAUUUAAUUAACAAAAAAUUAAGAAUCGUCUUCAACAACAUCGAUAAAAAUUGGUUCCAAUUAGGAGCAAAAUUAAUGGAAAUCCCCCCAUUUUCCGGAUCAAUCCAACAAAUCCACCAAAUAAUCAACAAAGAAAUUCAACUCAACAUCACCGAGAUUCUCACCGACCAAAAAAUAAGAAACUCAACGCAAAAUUUCCUCGGAUUUAUCGCCGUCCAAUUAAGUUUGGCCGAUUUAAUCAAAAAUUUGAAUUUGGAUUUUAACGAAAUCGUUGGGGUUGGAUUUGGGGAGUUUUCUGCCGCUUAUUUAGACGGGGUUUUAACGCUAAAAGAAGCUAUCCUUGGUACUUAUUACACAUUGACGGGAAAUAAAGAUAAAAUUAAAGAAAUUUUUGCAAACAAAGUUUUAACCCCGAAAAAAUGGGUUAAUAAGCAAAAAGAUUCAAAGAAAUUUAUUCAACCUUUAGAUUAUUUCAUGGAAAAUGUUUCAAGCCCGAUUCAUUUUGAGGAUGGAUCCAAAAAUUACAUCAAUUUAGUUAUUGGGGAAGCUAAAAAUGAGAAAUCGGAUUUGGUUUUUAUUAGAAAUAAAUCAAAUCCGAUUUAUGAGUUAUUAAAUUCUUUGGGGGAGUUGUCUCUUUGGGGAUUCCCCUCACAAUUAGAUUAUAUUUACCCAAAAAUUUCUUUCCCGGUGAGUAGAGGAACCCCGAUGAUUUCUCCAUUAAUUAAGUGGAAUCACUCCGAAAAUUACACCGUUUAUUUAUACGAAAAAUGUGAGAAACACCACAGUGGGCAACGCGUCAUGCACAUUUCAGUUCGUUUAGAAGAAUGGAUUUUUUUAGAAGGACACGUAAUCGAUGGAAGAAAUUUAUUCCCAGCCACUGGGUACUUAGCGCUAGUUUGGGAGUGUUACGCUAUAAUUAUCGGGAAAUUAUUGAGCGACACACAGAUAGUUUUCGAGGAUGUAAAAUUUUUACGAGCGGCCAAUAUCCCAAAAGAAGAAACUUUAUCUUUAAAAAUAAACAUUCUAGUUCAAAAUAAAACGUUUGAAAUCCUAGAAGGUGAUAAUUUAUUAGUUACCGGGACGGUUUAUCCUUUAGUUGGGGAUGAAAAUAAAACGAAUCAGCCCGAAAUUAUUUUAAGCGGGGAUGAGGAAGAAACCGCAAUGAAUCAACGCGAUAUUUACAAAGAAUUAAGAUUACGAGGGUAUCAAUAUUCAAAUAAAUUCAUGGCGAUUAAUUCAUUUAAUUUCCACCAAAAUAAAGCGAUGAUUUCUUGGGAGGGGAAUUGGAUUGCUUUUAUGGAUAACAUGCUCCAAGUCCAAUUAAUUUCUCAAGACACAAGAAAUUUAUACGUCCCAACCAGCAUCAAAAAAGUCAUCAUCAAUGGACCUCAACACAUAAAAAGCGCAAUAACCAACAACAACUUAAUCCCCGUUAUUUACCACGAAGAUUUAUCAACGAUUAAAGGGGGCGGAAUCGAAAUAAUCGGCUUAGGGGCAAACUCAAUUGCAAGAAAAAAACCAGCAGAUCCAGUUCUAGAAUCAUACAAAUUCACCCCAUAUCACGACAAAUUACAAAAACCCCAAGCAAUUAGAAGCUUCGUCCAAACAAUCUUAGAAAACUCAGCCACAAUUAAAGUAAAAGCCGUUGAAUUAAUCGCCGAAGAAGAUGGUGAACCCCUCUUACCCUUAGUACAAGAGAGUUUAGGUGAUUUACCUUUAAUCCAGCCAGAGUUAACAAUUUUCUCAAAAAAAGAAGAUUUUGAUCUCCCCGGUAUUACGGUUGAAGAUAAAAGUCUCAACACAGAAACUCAUUGUCUUAUUUUAAUAACAAAAAAUAUUUUUGAAGACCCAAACUUUUUAUUAUUAGCUUUAAAAGCCACCAGAGACGCCUCCGGGUUUAUUAUUUCCAAAGAAAACCGAAAUUCACCCAUUAAAGAGCACCCCCAAAUCCAAAUUUUAUCUUCCUACGAAAACGAAGACAACAAAUUAAUUCUAAUCAAAGAGUCAUCUCAAUACGUCGAAAAACUCCCGAUUAAAAUAACCGAAAUAAACGAUUUCUCAUGGAUUGAAAAUCUCCGUCAAAUAAUAUCGUCAUCAAAUCGAGUCGUUUUGUAUUCGGAAAAAAUCGAAAUUAAUGGGUUGUUGGGAUUAACGAAUUGUUUGAGGAGGGAACCUUCGGGGGUUAACAUUUCCCUUGUUUUGGCAACAGGAAACACGCCUCAAUUUAACGUCAAAAAUCAAUUUUAUAAAACUCAACUUGAAAAGAAUUUGGCCAUAAAUAUUUUUAAAGAUGGAAAAUGGGGUUGUUACCGACACUUUUUGUUAGAUCAGAUUGAAAGCGUCCAAAACGAACAUUGCUAUGUUAAUCUUAUAUCACGAGGGGAUCUCUCAACUUUGAGAUGGAUUGAAGGAGCGUUGUCUUCUACGUCUAUUUCGGAACCGGGAGUGGAACUUGUUAAUAUUCAUUACGCAUCGUUAAAUUUCCGCGAUAUCAUGACUGCAACAGGAAAAUUAUCUCCAGAUGCUAUAACAAAGGAUAGAAUUCUUCAAGAAUGCACCCAAGGUUUUGAAUUUUCUGGGUGUUUAGUGUCAAAUCCGCUCAAACGUGUGAUGGGGACUUGCACAAAUGGUGCUUUAUCAACAAUGGUUAUGGCUGAAUCAAAACUUUUUUGGCCCAUUCCUAAAGAUUGGUCUUACGAAGAUGCUGCUACAGUUCCCGUUGUUUAUGGAACUGUUUAUUACGCUUUCUUCAUGCGUGGAAAAAUGCGACGUGGUCAAUCAAUUUUGAUUCAUUCAGGAACCGGAGGAGUGGGACAAGCCGCCAUAAACGUAGCCACUCACAUGGGUUGCAACAUCUUUACAACCGUAGGCACAAAAGAAAAACGUGAUUUCAUCCAAAAAAAUUUCCCCCAAAUCAAUUCAAACCACAUCGGGGAUUCCCGCUCCACAUCAUUCGAACAAAUGAUUUUCAAAGAAACUAACGGAAAAGGUGUCGAUUUCGUUUUAAAUUCUUUAGCGGAAGAGAAACUUUUAGCUUCGGUGAGGUGUUUAGCGAAAAACGGGACCUUUUUGGAAAUAGGAAAAUUCGAUUUGGCGAAUGACAACGAAUUAAUUGGGAGUUUAUUGAAGAAGCAGGCCCGAUUUGAGGGGAUUAUGUUGGACCAACUUUUUGCAACUGGAGUUGAUCGAUAUAAAGAGACGUUGUCAAAGUUAAUUCGAGACGGCCUCUUAAAUGGUUCUAUUAAACCUUUAAUUCGCACCGUUUUUAAAAGCGAUCAAAUCGAAGAAGCUUUUCGAUUUAUGGCGACGGGGAAACAUAUAGGAAAAGUUGUUAUUAAAGUUCGAGAUGAAACGAUGAAACAAAACGGUGAAGUGUUUGAAGGAAUUCCGAGGUAA